AUGAACAAAGAGGAGCUGCAAAGUUCUCUUGAGGCUCAUGAGCAAAGGAUGGAGGAGAGAAAUUUUGAUAAGGAAAAGGCGGAGAUCGCUUUGCAAGCUCGUUUUAACGAGAAUGACAAGAGAUCGAAAGAAAAAUGGUCUGUGAAGAGUAAAGAGAAUUUUCAUAAUUUUGGUGGAAGAGAAUCCCAAAAUUCUAAGAAUUCGACUUGUCAAAAGGGUGAGAGUAGCUGCAACAAAAUUAGUGGUCAAGGCAACUUUAGAGGUGAAAAUAAGAGGUUGGACAAAAGCAAUGAACAGUGGUUUAGGUGUCAAAGGUUCAGUCAUUUCGCAAAAGAGUUCAAUGCGAAUAAGAAGGAACCUCAAGGAGAUGAAACCAAGGUUGCAAGACAAGAGUUUAAUGAAAAGAAUACAUUCUUGCUCAUGAUCACUAAAGGAAAUUGCAACAGCAACAACAAUUCUAGGAAUGCUACAAAAACGGGUUGCAACCGGUUACAUGAUACAGUUAACCAUUUACAUGCAGAAGAAAACGCCAUGAUGAGUACGAAAGAAGUUCAAUGCAUCGAUAAAUGGUAUUUAGACUCAGGUUGUACUACUCAUAUGAUGGGGAGGAAGGUUUGGUUUAUUAAAAUCAAUUAUGCGAUGAAGAACAAAGUAAAGUUUGCGAACGAUACCACUCUAGCGACCAAUGCGAUCAGUGAUGUUUUGAUCAUGAGAAGGGAUGUUGGACAUUCCUUGAUCAAAUAUGUAUUGUAUAUUCCAAGAAUCAAAUGUAACCUUCUAAUUAUUGGCCAAUUGCUUGAUAAAGGGUACAAGAUUCACAUGAAAAACAAGGGAUUAUGUGUUAUGGAUGCAAAAUGA